GCAGCUGAAAGACGUCCCUCGCGUUGCUGUGCUCGGGCUCACGCGAACGAGGAGAAGAGAGCGAGCGAGAGAGAGAGAGAGCACGCGAGAGAGAGAGAAAACAGAGGGGGUCUCGAGACGGAGAGGCGACAAAAAACUUGGACAGGUAAGACAGGUGACGGCUCGCACGCGCGGUCCUGGAAGGGUUUCCCGUGGUUGCUGCGUUUUUUGUUCUGUCGACGGAAUAAACACGGGGAGAGUUAAUUUAUCUGAAAAAAACACGAAGUGCUCCCGAGGCGGUUUCUGUAGAAACGAGAAGAUAGUCGCGAGCGUUCGUUCACGAGCCCAAGUUGCUCAAAGUGUCUCUCACGCGCUGUAAUUAACAGCUUUCACCAAGGGCUGAGAGGACGCUGUCUCGUGGCACUCUAUGGUUUAUAGCGUUGUGUUUUUGGCUGUCAUGUUUUUAAAUGUCACGUGAAUUUAAAUUAUCUGCAAGAGUGACAGUUGGCACGUUAUUUUUAAGGUGUUUUAAUGUUGCGUUUUUGUGUGUAAUUGUGUGUUUGAUGCGCGCACCAAGUUGUUUCCACAGUGACUUAUUGCAGUCAUUCACAUAUAGAUGAGUCAUUUGGGGGAAUUUUCUUUUUCCACCGUCACCCUAAGGUGCGUAAAAGCCAUCGGAAAAUACCGGACUCUGCCAAAAAAUGUCAAGCCACUUUCAACAUGGCGGGUUAUGGCGUUCAGGAGGAGGAGGAGGAAGAGGAGUGGUGGUGGGGGGGGGGGGAGAGAAACUGCGCUUUCAAAAUCUUUGAACGAGGAAAAAAUAAAACGAUGGCAGAUAACGCGCCCGGUUCUGUUUCUUUUGAUGGACACACACGACGUGAAAUCAAUUAAAUCCAAAGUGUGCGUUUGGCGUUUCCGUGGGAGUUUUUUUCCGCUGCAGUUUUUUGAGUGUGCAAAGUACACGAGCGGAGUGUCAGCCAGCCUGCUGGUCGGCGACACCCCUCACAGCCUCAUCUUCCUCAUGUGCACUUAACGUUUCCUCUUUCACUUUUAUCCAACAACAAAAAAAAUGCUCGAGCACAUGCGCAUUAUAUCAAAUUAAUAUCGUUUUUAUUCCCAAUAAAACACAGCGAGACGGUUUAAUUCCACCUUUUUUUUUUUUUGGUGCGUAAUCUUAGAUUAAAAUGUUGAUGAUUGCGCAGUCGGACCAGAUAUUAUUUUCCAACCAGUUUAUUGUUUCUCUUUUGGGUCAAUUUGCAACGAUUACGCAGAUAAUUGGGUGAAACCGCGCGUGUGUAGCUUAUAUCUGUUUAAUUAUUUCUCUUUUGCGGGGCGGUCUGCAAAUCCGGGGUUUAUGCAGCUUUGCGUUAUUCGAGGAUUCCGUCCCUCCAGAUUAAAUCCGUCACCAUAAUGAAGAGAAACAAUAAGGACCGCGCGUUACGGAGCCGACGCUGAAUGAAUAAAUCAUGCUUCCAGACUUCUUGUUGCUCCUAAUAUGUAUUUAUUUCUUCCACGGAGCUGAGAGAGGAGAUGUGAGAGCGGCAGCGUGAAGAUAAAUAAAACCUGCCCCCCAAAAAUAGAGCACUUUUAAAGGGAAUGAAUGGAAGCGUGGUAAAACAUAUAUAGGAUAUAUUUCCUCCACGAGGAGAGAUCAAUGACAGUCCUGCUGUAUUGAUACGUUAUUGAUGGUUUGGACUGUUUGCCUUUUUUUUGUAAGAACCACCCAUCAGCCAUUUUUUUUUGGAUAAUUUAUCUGUUUUUUUUUGAUGAAGGCAUUGUGUGUUAAUGUUCUGGUGAAUGUUUCCACUCAAAGACAAUCAAAGAAUUAAAGAGAGACGGAACCACAGAGACACAGAGAGGACACUUUACAGGAAAUGAUGAGCUGCGAGGGAAAGUGAGAGAUGCAGUGAGGGAACAACCGACACGCCUCGGCUCAAAGGUUAACAGGAAGCGGAGGUGCAGGAUGCAGUCUCUCGGCAAGGAGCAGCCGUUGGCCCUGGCUGCAGUGAUGUCACACUAUCCGACCAAUGGGAAAGAAGAGGAGGUGACCACAGAUUCCAUGAAGGAGGAGGAGGAGGCGGAGUUUAACUGGGAGGAGUACAUGGAGGAGACGGGAGCCAACGCCGUCCCUCACACCACCUUCAAACACGUGGAGAUCAGCCUGCAGAGCAGCUUCCAGCCGGGCAUGAAGCUGGAAGUGGCCAAUAAGGGCAGCCCGGACUCGUACUGGGUCGCCACCAUCAUCACCACGUGCGGCCAGCUGCUGCUGCUGCGCUUCAGCGGCUACGGCGACGACCGCAAGGCCGACUUCUGGUGUGACGUCAUGACGGCCGAGCUGCACCCGGUGGGCUGGUGCACCCAGAACAACAAGACCCUCAUGCCCCCCGAAGAUAACACUUACCUAAGAAAAGCCAUCAAGGAGAAAUACAGCGACUGGACAGAGUUCCUGGUUCAGGACCUGACCGGCGCCCGGACGGCACCGGCCAACCUGCUGGAGGGGCCUCUGAGAGGUAAAAACACCGUGGAUCUGAUCGUCGAGGGCUCGGUUCUGGAGCUCCGGGACGUCUCGGGCCCGUUCCUCUACUGGCCGGUCCGAGUCGUCCAGAACGUGGGAGGGAGGCUCCGUCUGCGCUACGCCGGCCUCUCUGACGACCACCAGGCUCAGGACACCUGGCUGUUCUACCUGGACGUCAGGCUCCGCCCCCUCGGCUGGGCUAUGGAGAACCGUCUCACUUUAGAACCGCCCAUAGGGUUCAGGUCUCUGAAGAGCGCCCCCGACUGGCAGGAGGCUCUGGAGGACGCUCGACUCGACGGACAGAAGAACCCGCUGCCGCUGGAGGUGUUCAAGGACCACGUGGACCUGCCCGAGCACUCCUUCAAGACGGGGAUGAAGCUGGAGAUGGUUUCUCCGUGGGAGCGGCUACAGAUCUGCCCCGUUUCUGUCACCAAGGUCUACAAUGAGAUCUACGUCCAGGUAACGCUGGACGAUCUGUCCGUUGACGCCAAGCCGCGGUUCGUGGUGUGUCACGCCAACUCGCCCGGCAUCCUGCCCGUCCAGUGGAGUCUGAAGAACGGCGUGGGUCUGGAGCGGCCCCGGGGCUUCGAGGGCCAGGACUUCGACUGGGCCGACUACCUGAAGCAGGGAGGCACGGAGGCGGCCCCCGACGCCUGCUUCCCCGAUACAUGGCAGAACAGGGACUUUGCCAAGGACAUGUGGUUGGAGGCGGUGAACCCUCACCGGCCAGCAGAGGUGUGUGUGGCUCAGAUCACACAGGUCAGAGGACGCAUGCUGUGGCUCCGACUGGAAGGUGUGGUGAAGCCCCUGUCAGAGUGCAUCGUGGACGUGGAGUCCAUGGACAUCUUCCCUGUCGGCUGGUGUGAGACCAACGCUUACCCUUUGACCCCUCCGCUCAAACCUGUCUGUAUGUUCACGCGCACACACACACACACACACACUCACAAAAUGCACACAUAUUUUACUUUGGGAGUGGCAGCUGAAUGCAGACUCUCCUUUUCUGCAGGCCAGAAGCAGAAGCAGAUAGCGGUGGUCCAGCCAGAGAAACAGUUGGCUCCGCUCCAGCCGGUGGAGGCGACUCCCGUCAACCUCUGCCUGCCCGUCGCCAUGGAUCCAGGCUCAGCCAAUGGCAGAUACUGCUGCUCCAAGAUCUUUGUCAACCACCGCUGUUUCUCAGGACCCUACCUCAACAAGGGACGCAUCGCGGAGCUGCCGCAGUCUGUCGGGCCCGGGAAAUGCACGCUGGUCCUCAAAGAGCUGCUGAGCAUGCUGAUCAACGCCGCCUACAAGCCUGGACGAGUCCUGAAGGAGCUGCAGGAGCUGGAGGAUCAGAGCUGGGACUGCCAGGAGGAGACCCUCAAAGCCAAAUAUAAAGGGAAAACCUAUCGCUCCACCAUCCGGAUAGUCCGCCUCGCAGACCAGAUCCCAGACUUCUGCCGCAAGGUGUGCGUGAAGCUGCAGUGCUGCUCGAACCUCUUCAGCCCCGUCCUCGUCACCGACAAGUGCCCGGAGAACUGCUCCGUUCAGACCAAAACCAAAUACACUUAUUACUAUGGGAAGAAGAGGAAGCUGUCCAAGCCGAUGGCAGGAGAGGAGGAGGCGGCGGAGGGAGACCUGGCCAAGCCGACGCGCCGCAGGAAGAAGAGGAAAGCCAUCUUUGUGCAGAAGAAGAGACGCUCGUCCGCCGUCGACUACACGCCCGCCGGCUCACCGCAGGACAGUGAGGAGGACGAAGAGAUGGCAUUGCAGUCGGGCAGCGAAGGCACCAGCUCGGAGCCCCGCGAGGACCACACCGACGCCUCCUCGGUGGAGGUGACCAGCAGCCGGCCUCGCCGGGCCGCGACGCUGCGCAGGACCUUCGGCGCCGGCAACGCGGCGGGCAGCCAGGAGGCCGCCGAGAGCCGCAGGAGGUCGACCCGCUCGCUGUCGGCUCACAACCAGAACAACAAGUACCAGCCGCCCAAAGGACAAGACAUGCAGGUGGAGGAGGAGGAGGAGGGUCAGCUGGUUUUGGACAGUAAUCCUCUGGAGUGGAGCGUAGACGAAGUCGUUCAGUUUAUAAACUCUACUGACUGUGCGUCCCUCGCCAACAUCUUCCAGGAGCAGGACAUCGACGGUCAGGCCCUGCUGCUGCUCACGCUGCCCACCGUACAGGAGUGCAUGGACCUGAAGCUCGGGCCCGCCAUCAAGCUGUGUCACCAGAUAGAGCGCGUCAAGGUGGCCUUUUACAGACAGUACGCCAACUGAACCAGACGAAGAACCGCGGGGGUCCCGCUGGAUUAGCUGCCUCCUGGUGGAGAGUUUUCUUUCGGGCAAUGUGGAGUUCUUUUUUACGUGCAAGAAGAAGGGAUAUUUUUCUGGAGCGGUUGAGGUUGAAAAAAGCACAAACUGAGGAGACGGUUUCCUUUACGAGAUGUUGAAGGAUUCAUUUCUGGGAUAAUGUGAUGCAGCACUCCGGCAGAACAGAAACACAUUGGAGUCGACCCGUGAAGGAGUUAUCACGAGGAAAGCCGACUUUUGUGUUUCUUACUUUUCAUUUCCAUUUAAUUUGUGAUAGAGGAGCAUUAUAGCAUUUAAUUAUUGACCAUAAAGAGUUUUUCCCUUUUUGUGUGACAUUAUUGGUUCUGGAAAAAUAUAUUUGAAAGUAUUUAACAAACCAAGAAGUAAUAUAUUUGAAAUAUUUAUUGUUUAUGAGGAGUAAUCUCUUUGGAUUCAGAAUAUAAUUGAUCAGUUAUACAAUAAUGUCAACAAUAACUGUUUUUGUCUGCUGAAACAAUCCCCGAAAAGAUAAACAGGAUGUGCAUUUAUUGAGAUUUACACAUUUUGUGUUGAUGGAGGAAGAAGACGUCCUCUGAAGUACUUUGUGUUGUGUCGCUCACUUCUCAUCGAUACAAUCAUCGAAGCUAUUUUGUGUCCAUCUAUGCAAACGUGUUGCAGAUAUUUUUGAUAAGUGAGAAAAUAAAUUUCUAUUGGUUUUUUAA